AGGAUAGAUUCCUGCUGACAAAAAUGUGGCACCAACAGAAAGGUGGUUCUGGGACAAGAAAGUAAAAAUCACAGCAGAGCAUACAGAAAAAUCAGGCUUUCAGAUUUUAAAAGAGGUGUACCCCAGCCUGAGUGCUCUCGGUGGGUCUCUAGGUAAAAUUGACAGGAAUGACUAGAUAGCAUAUUAAGUCAUCUCAGGGGCUUUCAAUAAGCAUGCAUGUCCAAGAAUUCACUCAGAUGAAAUGAUGUGUAUGAGAUACAGUUUAUGCUUAUGAACCUUUAACACAGGGAAAAGAUUACUGAGAGUCAGGUCAUGAAACCUAACAUGCAUGUGCUCUUUUGGCCUGGAGCCUCAGAGAUCUUCUGGGUCUUUGCUAUUUUAUUUUCCAUUUCUCUCAAAAUAAUUACAGGAAGACUGGCCUGGGGUGUUGCUUGAGCUCAAGUGGGUAGAGAGAAAUGGUCUUCCAGUCCCCACUGUAUAUCUAUACUAUUAACAUGUAAUUUUGUGAUGGAGAUUAAAUGAAUUCAUAGAUGUAAAGCCUUAACAUAGUGUGGUGGUUCCUUACCAAAGCGAUGCUAGGCUCAAACACACAACUCUUGCCCUAAACAGAACAUCCUGAUCUUUGAACAGCUCCCACCCCUUGUUAUGAUUUGGAUCUAAAAUGUUUCCCAAGUCUCAUGUUUGGAGGUGAGGCCUGGCUGGAAGGGGCAGGCCGUUGGGGUGUGCAGUGGAAGGCUGUACUCCCCGACUCUACCUUUCUCUCUGCAUCAUGAUCACCAUGAAUAGCUUUCCUCAGCCUUGCCUCAGCACCCUAGAGCCAACCAACUAGACGGAGUCCACUGAAACUGAACCAAAACAAAUUUCUGAAUUACAGGUACCAGGCAUUUUUGUUUCAGCAACGCGAAGGCGACUAAUACUCCCUUCAGGCCUUCCAGUACACCGCCAGUUCCUUGCCUUAAGUGCUGCCACCCAUUUCCCACAUCUAGCCAAGACAGACUGCAGCAGGAUGACACGCGUUUCUCCCUUGUUCACUGUUGUCAGUAUCUGGGACCAGGAUUCACUGUCAUUUCUUCAGGGUUGAUCUUCCAGGAAGGAGCCUGUAGUCCACCGCAGUUUACCAGCUAGAUGGCUGGGCAGCUAUUGCUUUUUCUCCACGCCAUACCCUUCACCUCUGAUGAGUUUAAUAAUCUGAUGUUACUCCUGCCCCUAGAUUUUGAGAUUACUCAAGGAGGAGAAGGGUCCGAUUUAUCUCCGCCCACAUGCCCAGCCAACUAAAAUUUCCUGUUGAAAACAUCAUGGCUCCGACCAGCCCUUUCCCUGCAUUUCGGCAAGCACCACUGCACUGGGCCUCCUGAUCUUCAAACGCGUCUCUGAUCAGUUCUUGUGGCUGGGACCCCACCACCAAAAGCUGUCCUUAAUUUACAGCACUGACUGAGCAUUAGUGGACUGAAAAGGGCCAUUCAUUUAUUUUUUCUGCAUACUGAGGCAGGAAGACUUAUUCAACUGCUCAUUCAUACUUCGGCAGAUCGAUACUGGCCACAGUUAAAGGUCUGCCAAUAGACGUGCGCUCCCAAGCCGUGGACAUGCAGAGGGCGGGGAAAGAGGACACAUCCGGGGCAGCAGUCGCCAGGAAAAGCGCGGAGGAAAGCUGCUAGAAGCAUGCCCAAAGAAAAAUACGAGCCCCCUGACCCUCGGAGGAUGUACACAAUUAUGUCCUCUGAGGAAGCAGCCCAUGGAAAGAAAUCACAUUGGGCAGAGCUUGAAAUAAGUGGAAAAGUAAGAAGCUUAAGCUCAUCUCUAUGGUCAUUAACUCACCUGACAGCUUUGCAUCUGAGCGACAAUUUUCUGUCUCGCAUUCCUUCAGACAUUGCCAAGCUCCACAAUCUGGUGUAUCUGGACCUAUCCUGUAAUAAAAUCCGAAGUUUACCGGCAGAACUCGGAAACAUGGUUUCACUCAGGGAGCUCCGUUUAAAUGAUAACCUGUUACGAGUUCUACCUUUUGAGCUGGGAAAACUGUUUCAGUUGCAGACUUUAUGCUUAAGAGGAAUAGUUUUUAAUUUACAAAGAAAGAUCUCAGAAGAGAGGAUCACAAUUACAAGAAAUCCACUUACCCAGGACAUUUUGAACCUCUCUCUGGAACCAGAUGGAACAAGAAGGCUACUGAACUAUUUGCUUGAUAAUUUGUCAGGUACUGCAAAAAGAAUUUCCACAGAACAGCCACCUCCAAGAUCUUGGAUCAUGUUACAAGAACCAGACAGAACAAGGCCAACUGCCUUGUUUUCUGUCAUGUGCUAUAAUGUUCUUUGUGAUAAAUAUGCGACCCGGCAGUUGUACGGCUACUGUCCAUCAUGGGCACUAAAUUGGGACUACAGGAAAAAGGCCAUUAUUCAAGAAAUCUUGAGCUGCAAUGCUGACAUUAUAAGUCUUCAGGAGGUUGAAACAGAACAGUAUUACAGUUUUUUUCUGGUAGAACUGAAAGAACGUGGUUAUAGUGGAUUCUUUAGUCCUAAGUCUCGAGCUAGGACAAUGUCAGAACAAGAAAGAAAACAUGUUGAUGGCUGUGCAAUAUUCUUCAAGAUAGAAAAAUUUACUUUGGUUCAGAAACACACUGUUGAAUUUAAUCAGCUAGCAAUGGCAAAUUCAGAAGGGUCUGAAGCUAUGCUGAACAGAGUCAUGACAAAAGAUAACAUUGGAGUUGCAGUACUGCUAGAACUUCAAAAGGAAUUGAUUGAAGUGUCACCUGGAAAGCCACAUCUUGGAGCAGAAAAACAACUUAUUCUGGUGGCCAAUGCACAUAUGCACUGGGACCCUGAAUACUCUGAUGUGAAGUUGGUACAAACUAUGAUGUUCCUCUCAGAAGUGAAGAACAUUAUUGAUAAAGCCUCUCGAAGCCUCAAAUCCAGUGUAUUGGAUGAAUUUGGAGCAAUUCCCCUUGUAUUAUGUGCAGAUCUUAAUUCUUUGCCAGACUCUGGUGUUGUAGAAUAUUUGAGCACAGGCGGGGUAGAAACAAAUCACAAAGACUUUAAGGAACUGAGAUAUAAUGAAAGUCUUAUGAACUUCAGCUGUAAUGGAAAGAAUGGGAUGACCAAUGGAAGGAUCACCCAUGGUUUCAAGUUGAAGAGUGCCUAUGAGAGUGGCUUGAUGCCUUACACAAAUUACACGUUUGACUUCAAGGGUAUAAUUGACUACAUCUUCUAUUCCAAACCUCAGCUGAACACUUUAGGCAUCCUGGGACCUCUGGACCACCAUUGGUUAGUUGAGAACAAUAUCAGCGGCUGCCCACACCCUCUCAUCCCCUCCGACCACUUCUCACUUUUUGCACAACUGGAGCUUAUACUGCCUUUCCUGCCCCAAGUUAAUGGCAUUCACCUUUCUGGCAGGAGGUAGUCAUGUACCUUUAGAGGAGAACCUCAGUUUUACUUGUAAACUCAUAAGAAUCUGAACAUAGGGGUGAGGUUUGGCUAGAAGGUUUUCUCUAUGAUGAUUCUGCAUUUUCAAUUUGAUGGUUUGAAAAAAGGACAUAGUAUGAAAGCCAGGUGCUAGCAACAGACACAUUCUGAGCCCAGUAUGCUUUGUAUACUGCUAGACAGGGAUUGGUGUGGUCACACCUAUCUAAUUCAUUACAAGUAAUUUUCCUGUUUCUUCUAUUCAAUAUAAUAUUUUCAUGCCUUGAAAUAGGAAAAUGUUGGAACAGCAUAUUCUCUUUGCACAGAAAUCUGUAGCACUACAUCUUUGAGGCCAGUAGUAACAUCCAGAGACCAUUCUUCCAGACUUUCCACCCUUUUUCAGACUUAUUUGUAAAAUAUAGAAUUUGAAUUUAGUCUCUAUGAUUGUAUAUGAUUCACAGAAAAUCUGAUUUAUGAAAUUUUGUACUUAAAAUCAAAUUUGAAAGCAGUUGUAUGGUAAACUAAGGCUAAAUUUUUUACCUGUCUCCUGUGUUCUGAAGGCCAGCUUGUAAAAGAGUAGCAACAGACUUUCUCUGCAAUGAUUUGCACUGUCAGGGUUUUGUUAGCCCUUUUGUACUACUUUAUUUUUAAAUUGAGAACAUUGCUCUUUCAAUCUUAAGUCUGCUUAAACUGCAGGACAUUUUCUUGGACCAGAGCAACUUAUUCAUAAAUUCCUCAAUUUUUAUGGAAACUAUCUACUAGGACAGAUAUGCUGAAUAGUAAAAGAUUCAUAGCAUUUAUAAACUGAAUGUGAUGGUUAAUGUAUGUACAUUCUGGUAUUUUUAAAUCUUUAUCUUUUUUAAGUUAAAAAAUUACAGCUGCUUAGAUACAGCUUCUUAACUCCUUUUUCAGACACUUCCUGACCUAUCUCCGCUGUGCCUGCCUAAAUUUGUUCUCACCAAGCACUGCCUGUGCAUGCAGAGAAAAUCUGUGCAUCCUCUUUUAUAUUUUUUAAAUAUUAUUUAACAUUUGUGAAAAUUUUAUGAAAAUGCUUUUGUAUGGGCUGUGGCUUUUUUCCCAUUGUGAAGCAUUGAAUAUCACAUUUGGAAAAUGUUCCCAGUUUGGGUCUUUGCUCACCUGACCCAUGCACUGCUUCUUGGUAUCAUUACACAGUGCUUUUGUCACCCAGAAUACUACUAUCAUGUGAAUUUUUUUAAUCCAUGUAUUCUUUGUUCUCUUAUAUUUCUUUUAAAAUCAUUCCUUUUCAAAGAAAAAGUAAUUUUCUGUUUAUGAAGCAGUAUAAAUUAGAUACAUUUUCAAAACAGGUCCCUAAGACAUUUCUUCAGAUCGUUUUUAAAGUGACCAAGUCAUUGUCAAAUGUCAACCAAGAUAAAAGUUGCAUUGUACGUUGUGUUUGCCCAUAGUGGCAUUAGUAAAUUAGAGAUUAGAGCCAGCUUUAACUUUGCAAAGUUAACUUGUAUAUAUUUUGUUCUCAGUCAUUUGUUCUUCUGAAAAAUCAAAUGAAUUCAGAGGGUGUUUGGUCUGCUUUUGUUUCAACUGCAGGCAGGGGAGCAAAAGGACACCAUGUGAGCAUUAAGAAAAAAAUUGUUGAUUGUUAUUAACAAUUUUUAUACAGAGAAUGAGUCAUUUUGGAUGACUUAAAAUUUUAU